AAGAAGAAAGUGUUGAUCCUUGUCUGAAAGGUCCCCAUUCUGCUGUUGUUCUGUAAACAGAGUUGACAAGUUUUGUGAAGCGUUGACCAACGACAGUCCAAACAGAAUGCAUUGUGGAUGAUCGAGGAAUUUUGAAGACUUGGAAAGAAUGGACUUUGUACAAGCCGAAGAAAUAGAUGGAGCUCGUUGGUCGUGGCAUAUUUGGCCGUCAAGUAAGAUCGAAGCUCAACGUUGUGUCGUGCCUUUUGGUUGUUUAUAUACACCGUUGAAGGACAUACCCAAUCUUCCCGUCUUACCUUAUCCUCCCGUCAAGUGCAAGUGUGGUUGCGUACUUAAUCCAUAUUGUAGUGUUGACUUCCACGCAAAGUUGUGGGUUUGUCCUUUUUGUUUGCAGCGUAAUCCUUUGCCUCCUCAAUAUGCAGAAAUAUCGGAGACGAGACUACCUGGAGAACUCAUCCCCAAUUUUACUACUAUCGAGUAUGUCCUAUCUCGCCCACCGGCACCGCCACCAGUUUUUCUAUUUGUCAUCGAUACUUGCAUCAAUGAAGAUGAACUUCAGGUUCUCAAGGAAUACCUUCUAAAGGCGUUACAACUAUUGCCACCAGAAGCUAUCGUAGGACUCGUUACUUUUGGUCAAAACGUGCACGUUCACGAACUAGGAUAUCAAGAUUGCCCCAAGUCUUAUGUCCUUAAAGGUUCAAAAGACUAUACUCCGGUACAAAUUAAGGAACUUCUUGGAUUGGCGGUUUCUCCUACUCGUCUGUCAGGAACGUCUUCUUCAGUCAACCGUCCACAAGGUGCUGCUCGGUUUUUACAACCCGUCUCUGAAUGUGAAUUCAUUUUUACGGAUAUUAUCGAGGACCUUGGAAGGGAUAAUUGGCCAGUUCCAGCAGAUCAGAGACCUAAACGAUGUACAGGGACCGCACUAUCGAUUGCCGUGGGAUUGUUGGAAGCUUCUUAUGCUGAUUACGGUGCAAGAAUUCAACUCUUUGUAGGAGGACCUGCAGUGGAAGGACCAGGAAAGAUUGUACAAGCAGAGUUGGGUGAUACAGUUCGUUCUCAUAUGGAUAUUGAUAAGGACAAUGCUCCUUUCUACUCAAAGGCUUUGAAACAUUACGAGUCAGUUACCUUACGAGCAGUCAAUGCAGGCCAUACUAUUGAUGUUUAUGGUUGUUCUUUGGAUCAAGUUGGUUUGUUUGAGAUGAAGUCUUGUGUAGAAAGGACAGGUGGUUUUUUUGUUCAGGCAGAAUCUUUUCAUCAUCUUAUGUUUAAGAGAAGCUUUGAAGCGUUUUUCAGAGGCACUCAAGCAGAAAAUAACAAGUCUGGAGAAGAACAGAGUAAAAAAAUGGGUCUUCGUUCAGGCUUUCAAGGCAGUUUGGAAGUUUUGACUUCUCGUGAGUUGAAAGUUUCUGGUGCCAUUGGUCCAAUGACUUCACUUAAGAAGCAAUCCAAUUGUGUUAGUCGAGAUGUUGAGAUUGGAAUGGGUGGAACUUGUGCAUGGAAGAUGUGUGCUGUCGAUCCUGGUGUAACAGUAGCAGUAUAUUUUGAAAUUGUUCAUCCACAUGGAACACCUAUUUCAGAAAAUCAAUUUCGUUAUGUUCAGUUUGUUACUCAAUAUCAACAUAUUUCUGGUCAAUACCGAAUGAGAGUGUCUACGAUGGCUGGAAGAUGGACAGACCCUACCAAUCUGGUGGAUAUUGCUAGUGGCUUUGAUCAAGAAGCAGCAGCAGUUCUUAUGGCGAGAAUGGCAGUUUAUAAGACGGAGAAUGAAGAAGCAUUUGAUAUUCUUCGCUGGCUUGAUCGUAUGUUGAUUCGUUUGUGUUCCAAGUUUGCAGAAUAUCAAAAGGAAGCUCCUGAAACGUUUCGUCUUUCUCCGCAGUUUUCACUUUAUCCACAAUUUAUGUACAACUUGCGCCGUUCACAGUUUUUGCAAGUAUUCAAUAGUAGUCCUGAUGAAACUGCGUAUUAUCGUUCUUAUUUGAAUCGAGAAAAUACAUUGAAUGGCUUGUUGAUGAUUCAACCGAGUUUAAUUGCAUUUACAUUGGAGAGUCCUCCAAGUCCCGUUUUGUUGGAUGUUGCUAGUAUUGCACCUGAUCGUAUUUUACUUCUCGACACGUUCUUCUAUGUGAUUAUUUAUUAUGGUGCUACUGUAGCCCAUUGGAAGAAGGCAGGAUAUCAUUUGGAUCCACAAUACGCACAUUUGAAGACCUUUUUGGAAGCUCCUAAAAUAGAAGCACAUGCUAUUGCAGAUGAGCGAUUUCCUUAUCCUCGAUAUAUUGAAGCAGAUCAGGGUUCAAGUCAAGGUCGAUUUUUGUUAGCCAAAUUGAAUCCCUCAGUGACACAUAAUUCGAGUCCGAAUGACUUGUCCAUGGCAUCUGACCUUAUUUUCACUGAUGAUGUUAGUUUGCAAGUGUUUAUGGAACAUUUAAAGAAGCUUGCAGUUUCCAAUCAAUAAAGAAAACUUACGGUCGAUAUUCUUCGCGAUUUGUUGAUCCUAGUUG